AUGGAUCCCCGCAGCGAGGAUGGCGGAAAUGGACCAUCUAAUACCGCUGCGCAGCCGCCGCCUCUCCGGCGGCGACUAUCGAUGGAGGAGGACUAUUUCUACCAGGAAGUCAUGACUUCCCCUUUCCGACGACCAUCACAGCCGCCACCAUAUGAGCGGGAUGCUAGACCAAGACGACCGGUGGCACCCAAGAUCAACUCCCAACAUGGAGUCGGGGAGGACUUGCCAGGCUAUUCGUGCGACAUCGAGUUGGAGGGCGUAUGGGUGAAGAAGAUGGAAAUUGAAAACACCACCAAACGGGCAGAGGACAGAAAUUGGCACACCACUAUCGUACAACUACGAGGCACUGCAUUGAAUUUUUACAACGUGAAGAAGGAUUGGGGAUGGGGCAGGACAAGAGACGGACCGACCAUCUCGCCCGACAACCCGCCGUGGGUGAGAAAGGCCUCUCUCGACAGGGCGUACAGUCUUCAGCACGCCGAUAUUGGUAUUGCUGCCGAUUACAAGAAGAGGCGAUAUGUCAUUCGCGUCAGGGCCGAGGAGGAUCAGUUCCUUCUAUCAUGUAUAGAAUUAAGCACCAUGGUCAGGUGGUUGGAGGCUCUCUUCGCCGCCAUCGAUGUUGCCGCUCCGAUCGACGACCGUGACUAUCCCCGCGACCAAAGCAUUCCCCGCAUUCAACGCAUCCGCUGGUUCCGUGGCCAGACACCAGCACCGACGAACAACUACCCCGUACCGACGCCAAGACCACUGAGUCCUGAUCUCCGCCGCGUGGCUUCUGCCGAGGCGCCAGACCCCUUCCCAGCAUCAUCGACAAUAGAGGGUCUCGUUCACCAGGCCGUCGUCAAUGAGCGCGGCGGCGAGACCAACGUGUUAGACAGCGAGUCUAUAUACGGCCCGGGACCCGCGAGGAACGAGCCGAUCAGCAGCCGCUUGUCGACGACAUCGUACCCCAACGAGGCCAUCGACCCUGACACCGGAAAAUGGGCGCCUGAGCACCAAUGGAGUGCGGCUCACGAUCUGCUUUACGCCAAGCUUUGCUACUCUGUUCUCUUGUUCAAGAGCCCCCGAAAAUCAAACUACAUCAUCAGCAAGGGGAGGCGAUGGUUUGUGGACUGGGCAACAGGUCGCAUGGUGCGCGUACUGCCGCCAGCCUACGGCGAGAUCGACUUCUUCGGCCCUUGGCAAGUCAUCCACACAGAAAACAGGAGGAUUUAA